AUGACAGUAAAGGUCAAAAUUGAAUAUGAUGCCAUAAAUGAGCGCAACACCUUCUCAAGUGGAGAUAUUUUGACUGGGCGAGUUAUUCUGGAAGUUUUGAAGAAAACAGACUUCAAGUCUCUCACCAUUAAGGCAAAGGGAAAAGCAAGAGUGUUGUGGACUGAACAUUAUGGUCAACACACCCACAUCACAUACUAUGACAAAGAAAAAUACUUCUCACAGGAGCAGUUCCUUUUAAAUAAGAAGAAACAUAAAGAUUCAAACACUCUUGGACCUGGGAGACAUGUGUACCCUUUCACAUUUCAGAUUCCCUUCCAAGACAUGCCCUCUUCCUACAAAGGUACAUGUGGGAAAGUCAGAUACACUCUUACUGCAAAGCUGAGCAGAUCACUGCAUCUACCAAGUAAAGAUAAGACAAAAUUCAACUUCAUCUCCCAGGCUGACAUGAACCAUCGUGGUCUCAUGGCACCACAAUAUGGGAUCAAAGACAAGGAUGUCACAUUUUUCGCCUCAGGAAACAUCUCCAUGGAAAUUUCUACAGAGAGGACAGGUUAUACGCAAGGUGAGGGCUUAGUAGUGAAGGGUGAAAUCGUCAAUAGCUCAACACGCAAGAUUGUACCAAAAUACAUCCUCUACCAAAAGCAAAGCUUCUUUGCUGGUGGGAAGAGACGAGUGCACACCUACGAUGUCCUGAAGGAGAAAGGUGAGCCUUUACCCUCUUCCACAAGGCAGACUGUGUCCAAAGUGCUGACCAUACCCAGGGAGAUCACCCCAACCAUUCUCAACAGUCGCAUCCUGAAGGUGGAGUACAGGUUGAAGGUCAUUCUGGAUGUCUCUUUCAGCAAAGAUCCAGAGAUGAAACUGCCUAUCAUUAUUCUGCCAAGUAUUGGGGGAUCAUCAAUGAAAGAACUACAGAUUGUGUCCAAAGUGCUGACCAUACCCAGGGAGAUCACCUCAACCAUUCUCAACAGUCGCAUCCUGAUGGUGGAGUACAGGCGAAAGGCUGCCGUGCACGUAUCGCCUCACGCCCCCACCCUGCCCCCCACCACCCACGGUGUGAAACUGCGUCAGGAUAACGCCACCAGCAAAAGCAGCUUACAAGUUGCAGGAAGGUGGGUAAGUUUGUGA